AUGUUGUUACUGACUUCACCAUUUUGGAACCUUCCAGGUCCUUAUGUUAAUCGCGUUUCAUACAUUCCAGCCUUAAACGAACAACGAAAAGGCUCUUGGAUCGAAACGGUGUACAAGUUACACCAGAAAUAUGGUCCCAUUGUUGUGUUAUCUCCAAAUGAAAUUAGCGUGUACGGGCCAGAGUACGUAAAAGAAAUUUAUACUAGAAACUUUCCCAAAUCAACCUUCUACGCUAAUUUCACAAAUCAUGGCCACAACAACAUCUUUUCAAGCUUGAACAACAAGCAACAUUUAAACUACAAAAAAAUCGUCAUGAAACUAUACAACAAUGGGACCAUAAAGUCCCCUGAAAAUAAAACAAGAGAAAUAUUAAUCGAGUGUACAAGAAAGUUAUUGGAGUGGGUAAACAAAAGUUCAAUUACAGGCCAAACACCCGACUUUGCUAGUGUUAGUCCCAAAUUAAAUCUCCACGCAAAAGGCCAUUUUGAAAAAUGGUUCAACAAGUCGCAAAGAUUGGAAAACUUAGGAAUUGAAGUCUUUUCACUAUUUGGGGCUCUUGCAAUGGAUGUGAUUUCAAGAUUCGAAUUGGGAAAUACAAAUGGACUGGAUUUGUUAAGUUGUCAUUCUGACCGUGAAAUAAUUUUGAAGCAUCGCCAAGUAUCAAGCAUGUUGUUCUGGACUACGUUAAUGCCAGGGUUAUGGGACUUUGCCGCAACAAAAACGAUUAAAAAAUGUGCCGAUGAUAUAUCCCAAUUUCAAAUGUCCUUGUACGCUUUUGCUGAAAAAAAUUUGGGCAACAAUGGAAAGAAUUUGACCACGUUGGAAACCUUGAAGAGGAAUGGCCUUGAUGGACCUAGAGCGUACUCGUUUUUAUCAGACAAUUUGUUUGCUGGUCAUGAAACCACAGCAAUUCAAUUAUGCUAUUUGGUUUAUGAAUUAUCUCGACCAGGUAAUAAGCUGUUGGUGAAGAGACUACAAAACGAGUUGUUUGAAGGAUUCGGCAAGCCUGGUAGUCAUGAUGCUGUUAUUGAAGAUUUGGAGAAAAUAGAAAACCUUGAGGUUUUAGACGCUUUAUUAUUGGAAAAUUCAAGAGUCCAUUCGUCAAUCCCAGGUGCGGAACCCAGAGUCGUAGAUCGUCCAUACAGUGUUGAUGGUGUCAGUCUCCCUCAAGGCACAAUAAUCUCAUGUCUACCAUAUGCUUUACACAGGGACCCAGUCGUGUUUCCCAAACAUGAUUACUUUAUACCCGAUAGGUGGUUAAAGUAUGACGAGGAAACAGAAGGAGAGUUUCAUCAGAGAAUUAGAACUCAAAACAAGUAUAUGUUGCAUUUUGGAAAGGGAAUACGGAUGUGCCUUGGAAUGAAUUUAGCGUGGCUUGAAAUGAAGCUUGUUGUAGCCAACUUGUACUGGCAUUUUCAUUCUACACUUGAUGAAGAUUGGUGUGAGAUCAAGAAUGAUUUAGAACCAUUACAAUUAGGCAAGAGUAAUGCUGGAAAGAACAAAAACGAUCAAGAGAAAAUGUGUAUGGGUGAUGCUUACACCACCACGGGACCUAUUAAUGAAGAAUGUUGGAUAAGAUGGUUUGAGAAUGGUGGCUAA